AGCAGCCAAUGGGGUGUCAGUCCGCGUGCGCAGAUUCAAACGGUGGCUCCGGUCAGAGGCUGGGCGCGAGAUUCGGCGGCAGGGUCGAAAAAAGGGAAAGGGAAAAAAACAACAACAACAAAAACCCCGCGAGCUCCUCGGCGGCGCCUCUGGGAAGCGUUCGAGGCGGAGGGCCGAGCAGUGGCAGCCGGGCAAGGGCUCCGCUCCCUUGGUCCCCGAUCCUUUUCCCCUGCCGUUUUGGGCUGGGUGUGGGGCCAUGCCCCCCGUGCGGGGAAUGGGGCGGGGGCGGGGCUAAAAAAAGCAGCGCUCCCCCUCCCCGGACUCCCCUGUCGGGCAUCGCCCGGCGGCUUCGAUUGAGCGAGCGCUCCUGGUCGGCGGGGCCAUCCCCCUUCCUUUCUGCUUGCUUUAUGGUGCACGCGAAGGAUGGCGAAGAGGCCGCGCAGUGAGGAAGAUGAUGAUGAACUUCAUUAUGCAGAUCAUGACUAUGAAGUACCACAACAAAAAGGGGCAAAAAAGAUAUGUAACAGAGUAAAAUGGACCCGUGAUGAGGAUGAAAAACUUAAAAAACUAGUAGAACAGCAUGGUACAAGUGACUGGACAUUUAUUUCUAGUCAUUUACAAAAUCGUUCUGAUUUUCAGUGUCAGCAUCGAUGGCAGAAGGUCCUAAAUCCAGAACUUAUUAAAGGCCCCUGGACUAAGGAAGAAGAUCAGAGGGUGAUUGAACUUGUUCAGAAAUAUGGUCCCAAACGCUGGUCUUUGAUUGCAAAGCACUUAAAAGGAAGGAUAGGGAAACAAUGUCGAGAGAGAUGGCACAAUCAUCUUAAUCCAGAGGUAAAGAAAUCUUCAUGGACGGAAGAGGAAGACAGAAUAAUCUAUGAAGCUCAUAAACGUUUAGGAAACCGAUGGGCUGAAAUUGCAAAACUGCUUCCUGGAAGGACUGACAACUCAAUAAAAAAUCAUUGGAACUCUACUAUGCGAAGAAAAGUUGAACAAGAAGGAUAUUUACAAGAUGGAAUCAAAACAGAGCGCCCUUGUUUAUCAAAACUUCCUCACAAAACUUGUGUAUCUACUGAUCAUCUGCAUGCCCAAAAUCAAUUUUAUAUACCAGUUCAGACACAUAUACCAGGUUACCAAUAUGUUUCAACAGAAAGCAGCUGUUUAGAUGUUGCAGCUCCUUCACACUUUAUUCAGCCAUUUGAUGAUGAUCCUGACAAAGAGAAAAAAAUUAAAGAACUUGAAUUGCUACUUAUGUCAGCUGAAAAUGAAAUCAGGAGAAAGAGAGUGUCCUCACAAGCCAGAAACUUUUCUAACUGGUCUGGAAACUUCAUCAUGGAAGAUAACAUCGCAAAUACUUUAAAUAGCCUUGGGGAGCAAACAAAUGACUUUUAUGAUAUAGAUGAUACACAAGCUUCAAUAAAUCAGCAAACCUCACCUAGCAAAUACUUGGCUGUGGAAGCAAAUGCAGUGCUGUCAUCUCUACAGACCAUACCUGAAUUUGCAGAGACACUAGAACUCAUUGAGUCUGAUCCUGUAGCAUGGAGUGAUGUCACCAGCUUUGACCUUUCUGAUACGGCUCCUUCACCUGUCAAUCAAGCUCCAGUAAAAUUAAUGCGUAUUCAGCAUAAUGAUGGGGCAAUGGAGUGCCAGUUUAAUGUAAGUGUUGUACUUGAUGGCAAAAAAAUACGUGAUGAAGAAGAAUCAAGAUCCCCAAAUGUAGCCAAAUUCAGUACUCCUACAAUUUUACGCAAAAAGAAGAAAAUCAGGACUGGACAAUCAUCAGCCUAUGAACAGAAUGACGGACUCUGUAGCAACAAUACUAUGCUAAAACAAACACCUGUGAAAACACUACCUUUUUCCCCUUCUCAGUUCUUCAAUACAUGUUCUGGAAAUGAGCAAUUUAAUCUUGAAAAUACUCCAUUUACAUCAACUCCAAUUUGUAGCCAAAAAGUUCUUAUUACAACUCCCAUACAUAAUAAAGAUGUAACACCCAAAGAUCAAAAGGAAAAUGCUGGUUUUAGGACACCUACUGUUAGAAGAUCACUACUGGGAACAACACCAAGAACUCCAACUCCAUUUAAGAAUGCUUUAGCUGCUCAAGAAAAGAAAUAUGGUCCUCUGAAAAUUGUAUCACAGCCUCUUGCCUUUUUGGAAGAAGAUAUUCGAGAGGUUUUAAAAGAGGAAACUGGAACAGAUAUAUUCUUCAAGGAAGAGGAAGAUUCUGCCCAUAAAGAAUGCAAACUAGAGAACACUUCUGUGAAGAAAGUCAGGAAAUCAUUGGUCCUCGAUCCUUGGGAAAAAGAAGAACUUGGUGACCCUUUUCUUGCAGAAGAUGAUGUUUCAGAUAUGCAGUCAGAGAAUAUCUAUACUACAUCACUUCUAAUGAUACCGUUAUUGGAAAUACAUGACAAUAGAGACAACACAACUCCAGAGAAACAAGAUUCCAGUUCAACAAAACUGAAUAUAGCAUGGAAAAAAAAGUUGAAUACAUACACUUCAAAUAAUAUUAAAGCAGAAAAACCUCUUCAGGUGAAUUGUGAAUGGGAAGCUGUUGUUUAUGGGAAGACAGAAGAUCAACUUAUUAUGACUGAGCAAGCAAGAAGGUACCUGAGCACCUAUUCAGCUUCUGGCAGCACUUCAAGGGCUCUCAUCUUGUGAUUUGUCUUAAGAACAUAUCGAUCUUCCUUCCCCCUCGCCCCCUUUUUAUUACAGACUUUAAGCUAAAAUACGUUUGCAGUACUUUUUUGAUGCUGCCUUCUAAGGGGAUGGUAAUACCCCUUUUUUGAAAAAUAACAAAGGAUGCAAAUAUCUCCCCCAUCCUUUUUUAAAAGCAAUUUUUAAAUGGUCUUUUGAAAGACCUCUAAACUAAAUGGUAAAAGAAAUGACUGCAUAUUUUUUCUACCAGUCGGUUUUCUAAAUUAUUCUUUAGUAUAUACAUCUAAUUUUCUUCUAAAGAAACUUUUACUAUAGAUUAGACUUAGAGGUGUUUGGUAAUCUAUGAAAGAAAAAUGUACAGUACUCUUUGAGAAUGCUUUUGCUAAUGUAGCAAUUUUGAAUAUGAAGAAAGGGGCUAAAGGAAAAAUAGUCAGUUGCACUACUUGUACAAGGUAUGCUGCACAGAAUUAACUACAGUGUUAUAUGUAGAUAUUUAUUUGAGAAUGGUACUUCUAGUACGAGAAGACAAAGAGAUGAAUUUAAUUUUUAAUAGGAUAAAGCGUCAGUAUUCAUUAAUCUCAAACUGAGACCUUUGUUGAAUGUAUUGUACAGCAUGUGGGAGAAGAAUAGCUUUUGUAAAUUGUGAUACAGUUUGUGUAUAAUUUAGUUUCAUUUUAAAGCUUGAGGCUGCAAUUUCAUCUAGUGCCCACAUAUUUCCUGCUGUUUCGCAAAGCAAUAUAAACUUGCUCUUGGCUGCAAUAGAGAAAGGAGCAAUUUUAAUUUACCACCCUCUGUUCAGAAAUUAUAUAGAUAUGCAUUUUGCUCUCCUACUUUCUUUAGUGAAGCCUCAGCCCUAAGUAAUAUAUCAGUUCAGUUCUGUCUGGUUCAUUUGAAGAUGAAUUGUAUUCCCCUUUUGCAUUCCUGUCAUCCAUAUACCAUUACACUUUGCUUUUUACUGCUAGUCUUUACUAGGUUACUUGAUACACAAAUCUGAUGCUGCCUCCUAUAUCCUUUGGUUUUUAAGGCUUUGGGAUUUCAUUCAUUUUGAUGGAUCUUUGCAAAAUAUACCAAAGGCAGUAAGAAAAAAUAAGUAUGGUUUAGGAAGAUCAGGACAAAAGAAAUGGAUCAACCCUGGCUGAAUGCCACUAUGAAAGUGGGGAAAAAGUUCUCUUUAAGCCAUUAAGAUAAGAAGUGAAGGGAUGCUUUCGUUAAUGGAUUAUUCUCAGUUUAUGAGAGAGUAUUGCUAUUCCAUAAAUAUUGAGGCAAAUAUUAGGGAAUAUACAAACAAGUUGCUGGUGGCUCUUGAUUCUACAAUUACCAUUAGGCAGUAGGAAAGAAGAAAAGCCAGCAUGAGAACAAUUUUGGAAAGUUGGUAGAAUGUUCAUGGCAGAAGUUAAUAAUCUAAAAACUUGGAGAGGAGCUUCAAGUCAGCUGGUCAUUCAUAGUAUGCUAUAUUUUGCUCCUUGUCCAUAAACACAUAGCAAUUCACAUAAAGAUAAUGGAACAAGUUGUAAUACAUGAAUUAGCUGAUAGAACAAUGGUAUUUUAAAAACAUGAAUCCAGAACAGACUUCAAAGAAAACUUGUUCUUGACUUGUUCUGUUCUUUGAGGGUAGUAUAGACUUUAUUGUGAAAAUGAAAAAAAGAAAGGAGAGAGGAUGAGCACUUUCACUGAACUAUUGUAAUGGAGGAAUAUAUCUGUGACAGGAUGUUUGAAUUGAUAGGGCUGCUCUGCAAAUACCAAUACCUGAAAUGGUAUGUGGUCACAAACAAUAAGCAAAAUUUCAGCCUCUUUGUAUAUAUGUGUAUGUACACACAAACACAGUGUCUUCAGAGCUUGUAAUAAAACAGCUCCAGUUGACAUGAGAGAAAGAAAAAGUUAACUCGGUGCAUUGGAAUACAGCAAUAUUACAAUCUGUGAAGUACAUUAAUUUGCAUUUCAUCCAUUUAAAGAUUGCACUAUUCCCUUUUCAAUCAUGUAGUUUACAUAGUCAUUUUAAAAUCCGUCUGACUUUAAUUUCACAUACUCCAUAAAUUGAACAUUAAAGGGACAAACUUUUAUGAAGAAACAGAAUGUGAUAAGACACAAUUUAACUUUUUGUGGCUUUAAUGAAGGCAUGAAUCCCAAUGCAUUUUGUUACAAAUGUGAGAGGAAAAAAACCUGGUUCACUUAGUUACUUUUCUUGACACAAGCAGCCAUGGGCCCUGUUACAUUUGGGUCUGUUUUGAUGUGGGGAGAAUUAAACUUAACUUACUUAUAGGUGAGUAACUGCUACAGCUGUCUCUGUGAUCAUGCUUGAUGAAUUGCUGCCAUCGUUGUGGCACAUGCUGUUGGUCUAUUUCUAUAGUAGUUUAGCUCACUUCAACAUUUCCCCAUACCUAGGCAUAAACAAAGCUAAAGGGGGAGUGUCCAUGACUGCUUGUUCUGAAAUUUGGAAUUGCCUCUAAAAUAAUUUAUAGCUGCUCUUAGGAGCUCUAAUAACAUAGUUACAAAACUGCUUAAAAAGCAAAAUAGUCUUUUUUUAAUUUAAGAGUUGUUCGUGAUUUUAAUCUUCAUAGGUUAUGGGAGUUGCUUCAAUUUACUUGUUUUAGACACUUGCACUUAUUUUUGUCCUAUUUGAAGGAAUGUCUUGGUUUUGUUCUUGUAGCUUUUUUUUUAGUGAAUUUCUUAUAGAACAUAAUGGUGUGCUGUCAACCUAAAUACUGACAGAUAAAUAGAAUUCUAUACUGUAGAGUUGUGUACUGUAUACUAUAGUUUUUAGCUAUUUAUAUAUCUGACACUCUUCCUCUCCAUUUCUGGGUGUGCUGCUAUAGCUAGUAGCAGAAUCUGCUUGCUGCUAUGAGAGAUGGAAAGAGCGAGCAUCAAAUGCACUGUAUGUAAAAUGACAAAUAGAAUGAUGGCAUGUUCUCAAGUUAUAUUGAUAUCAACUGUUGCUGUGCAGAGAGAAACACAAUUAUUAGAAAGAAACUUGAUACCACAUACCACCAAGAACUCAAAAAAGGAAUUUCCCCCCUUAUUUUCAUAUUGUAUGUGGUAUGUGAAACAAUCUAUACUUAAAAAAUAGCUGGAGACCCCUAUACCAUAGUUAUUUAUUUAUUCUAAACCAAUAUUUAUAUAUAGAAUAUUCAUCUAGCUAUCUUUCAUAGGCCAGUUUUAAAAAAAAUGUUAGCAUUUUUCAGAAUAAUUUGGUAGAAAUGGAUUUCAUCAACAUGUGAGAAAGCAGUUUGAAAUACUCUUUGGUAUUGUUCAUUUUGUUCUAUCUUUAAGUAAGAUUUUUAGAAUACUUCCUCCCUAAAAUACAAAGGAGCUCAGUGAAUAUGAUUUGCAUAGUGAGACUAUUACCCAGAUGACUAUGUACCAGCAUGCCCGAUAUUUUCUCAACAUAUUAGUCUAACCCUAAGUAAGCUGUUUCAGCUUAGGUGAGAAUUCAUAAAGUAGUUUGCACAUGUAUGAAUCCUUUUACUGCUGGGUAUAUGUAGGUUCUUAGUUGUACUUAAAUGGGGUGUCUCAAUUGCAAUCAAUAUGCCAAGGUCCAAAGGGUAUGUGUGUGCAUUUGUGUUGCCCUAAACAUGCUUUUUGGAUUUUUUUCCUCUCAGACUAUAGCUUCCUGAAUUCUGGAAGUACUCUGAAGAAUUCUCUAGUGGGUUUUUUCUUUUUCUUUCUUUUGGAAUGGAUGUUAGAAGAAAGGUAUAGUGGUAGGAUGAGAAAAGGAGUGAAGAUGAUACAAAUCUUGCAGUACACAUACUGACAGUGCCUUGCAGUUUCUUGGAUUUUAUUCCAUGUUAUUUUUUAUAUCUAAACUAUAUAUACUGCUUCGCACAAGGUAUGUACAUUUACAAGUAGAGUUUCUUUAAUGGUACCAAAGUCACUGGUGUCAAGACUUAACAUAGGUCUCUGGUUAGUAGCACAAAAAUGAAUUGGUAUUGGUUGACAAUUUAAUUGCUCUUUUGUUACUUUUAGCACAACACUUCCCCCUUUCCCAUUUUAAGCCAUUGAUGUGUUAGACAUUUUUGUACUUUUUUCAGUUUUAGACGCAUUUGCAUUUUUAUGUUUAAGAGGAAUAUAUCUGCAAGAGCCAAGCAUGCAUGUUAGGGAGUAACAGCAUUUAUUAAUAUGUGUGUUUUAAAGUUUUAGCUUUAAUUAUAAGAUUAAAAUAUUGAUGAAGUGCUGUUUGGGGAUAUUGUUUGGGGAUUGUUAUUGUUAAUUUACUACAGAUUUGGUUUCACCAAACAGAUUUUGCAUAAAAUGCAGUC